CUUCCAUUGCUCCCGCACUCUCCACAAUCAUCACCACUUCCACCCACACCCAGACUUACAUCAGAGAUACCAGAUACACCCUGUUCCUGGUUAGAGGAUAAGCAUGCAUCCAUUGCAGGGAUUUCUCACUUCUUCAAGUUGCAACUGUCUCUGCUGCUUGUACACGCAGAACGCCGACGCUUUCUUCUUUGCAGACAUGUCUCAACCCCCUCCACG